UUUCCAUGCAACAUAUCUCACCUCUCACCCAAGCAAUUAAGAAUACACAACCUAAAAGCUAGUGCUAGAGACAUCCUCAAACAUGCAGAUCAUCAUGAAAGCUAAGUACCUGAUCGUCACAGUGGCCCUGUUGGCUUUGGUUUGCUCUCUCGCCUCUGCCUAUGACCCUAGUCCUCUGCAGGACUUUUGUGUUGCGGUCAAGGAUCCCACUUCUGCUUUAUUUGUGAAUGGAAAGUUCUGCAAGGAUCCAAAGCUUGCCUCAGCCAAUGACUUCUUCUUUUCGGGACUAAACGUUCCCGCAGACACUUCAAAUCCUCUCGGGUCGAACGCCACUGAUGUGUAUGUGGACAAUCUAGCAGGACUCAACACCCUAGGCAUAUCCUUGGGUCGCAUUGACUUUGCUCCAUAUGGUCUGAAUCCUCUCCACAUCCACCCACGUGGCAGUGAAUUUGUCAUAGUCUUAGAGGGUACUCUGUACGUUGGGUUUGUCACGUCCGACGAAGAUGCAGGUAACCGCCUCUUCACCAAAACGCUAUACCCAGGAGAUGUCUUUGUAUUCCCAAUUGGUCUCAUUCACUUCCAGUUGAAUGUGGGAAAGACCAACGCAGUUGCCUUUUCUGGAUUUAACAGCCAGAAUCCAGGACACAUCACCAUUGCAAAUGCAGUCUUCGGAUCUGACCCAAAAAUCAAUCCCAAUGUUCUCACCAAGGCCUUCCAGGUGGACAAGAAAUUGGUCGAGUACCUUCAGAAGAAGUUCUAGUUGAACAACAGUUAGAGAAAUGUUUGUAACAACCAUAACGAUCCAUUGUAUGCAUGGUUCGAAUAAAUUAAGAUUUCCUAUGUUUCGUUGUAACGUCAUAAAAUUAGAAUUACAAUGAAAUAAGAUGGUAUUUAAUUUAUG